GAAAACUUUCACAGCUGAAAAUGAAGUCUGUUGCUGCUCUGUUCGCCUUCCUGGUGGCCGCUUUUCUGGUGGCCAGCGUGACUUCCGAUGCGGGUCGUUCCGCCUGCAAGGACGAGUCCGAGGUGGGACAGACCUAUCCGCAUCACUUUGACGCCGCCAAGUACUGGCUCUGCGAGGAGCUGGGCACUGCGGCCAAGGAGGUCGACUGCCCCUCGGGUCUGGCCUACAUGCAUCUGCUGAAGGAGUGCAUCCCCUGGGCCAGUUACAUUUGGAAGAAACCGGAGAUGCCGCCAACUGUGGCCUAA